AUGUCACCUUCAGUUGUAGCCUCAAUUCCCGCUCAGAACACAGGGGGUCAGGUGUCGGAGACCCAGACAGUGCCUAAAGUCACUUUCACUGCCAAACAGUUAGAACAUAUUAACAAGUUUGCCGAAAACAUGUCUGCCGAGGAGAUUAUUAGAUGGUCUAUUAUGACCAUCCCAGGUCUCUACCAAACUACUGCGUUUGGUUUGACUGGUCUUGUUACUUUGGAUAUCAUUUCCAAGCUGUUUCCUGACACCCAUCCCAUCGACCUUGUUUUCGUCGACACUCUGCAUCAUUUUCAAGAAACUUUAGAUUUGAUUGAGCGUAUCAAGGUGAGAUAUCCUAAUGUUAAGCUUCAUAUUUAUAAGCCCGACGGAUGUGAGACCAGAGAAGAUUUCACUAAAGAGUUCGGUCCCGAGCUCUGGGAGACCAAUGAUACCUUUUAUGACUACCUCGUCAAGGUCGAGCCUGUUCAAAGAGCCUAUAGCGAGCUCAACAUCUCGGCUGUAUUCACCGGCAGAAGAAAGACCCAAGGUGGUCAAAGAGGAAGCAUUCCCAUUAUCGAGGUCGUUGAAAACGGGCUCAUUAAAAUCAACCCCCUAGCGAACUGGAGCUUCGACCAAGUCAACGAAUACAUCAAAAAGAACGACGUUCCAUACAAUGCAUUGCUAGAUCAGGGAUACAGAUCGGUCGGCGACUAUCACUCGACUGUCCCUGUCAAGGACGGAGAAGACGAGCGUGCUGGACGUUGGAAGGGCAAGAAGAAGACCGAAUGCGGCAUCCACGAAACCUCGCGUUUCUCCGAGUUCCUCAAAAACAAGACCGCAACCACCGUUUAG